AUUCUCUUUCCCCCAUCUCUUCUUCUCCACAGUCCACACUGUUCACCUCGUCUCCCCCCUCUCCUCGAUCCCAAAUCCCGAAUUGACCAGCCCAAAUCGGCGCCCCGCAUGGAGUGGACGGCCCGGAAGCCCGCCGCUUCGCCCUCCUCGCCUCCCCUGCUCUGGGACUGGGGCGACCACGCCGCCGCGGGCUCAGGCUCCUCCGGCGACGCGCCGGCGCGGCGCGGCGGGAAGGAGCGGGAGGCGAAGCGUACCAAGGGCGAGGAGGGCGGGGGAGCGGAAGUUAGGUGCCAAGUUGAGGGGUGCGGGCUGGAGCUCGGCACGGCCAAGGACUACCACCGGAAGCACCGCGUCUGCGAGGCCCACACCAAGUGCCCCCGCGUCGUCGUCGCCGGCCAGGAGCGCCGCUUCUGCCAGCAGUGCAGCCGGUUUCAUGCUCUGUCAGAGUUUGAUCAGAAGAAGAGGAGCUGCAGGAGGCGUCUGUCUGAUCACAAUGCCCGUCGGCGGAAGCCUCAGCCAGAUGCGUACGCCUUUGCCUCUGCAAGGCUGCCUUCAUCAUUGUUUGAUGAUAGGCGGCAAAUAAGUUUUGUCUGGAAUAAAGCUCCUCUUAGCCAUAUAAGACCUUUCACUUCUCCAUGGGACAGCUCAUCUGACUUCAAGCUCCCACAUGCCAAGGAAAUAAGAGAGCUAUCAACAAAAGUUGGGACAAUAACUGGACAAGUUCAUUUCGAUAAAUCUCACCUGUCCAAUGCCAUUCCAACACUUAGCCAUGGCAAAGAGCUGUUGCCAAUGAAAGGUCCGGACACAUCAAUAACUGCUUCAAAAUUCGAUGGAGCACCGGAUCUUCAGCGUGCUCUCUCUCUUCUGUCAGCUGGCUCUUGUGGAUUCCCGGAUCCUGUACCGCAAGCAUCUUGCCUUAUCCAGUUCACUGGUGCCAGCGAGAACAGCAGUGACCUUCAUUUAUCACAUGGAGGGAACUCUGGUCCAGCUUCAUGUGCUGAUGAACAGCAUAUAGCACCUCAGCCUCAGCUGGUUCGUUUUACCAUGGAUGCCAGUAGCAAUGUCUAUGAGCCCACUUUCUUCGGUGUAAACCAGAUAAACUAAGGCGUGAAAGACGCACACCACCUGAUCAUUUGGAUAAAUUGCCACAAAGAUGGCCUGGGGUCUUGCAAGUUCUUCAACCAGCUGCUGGAGAUCAAGAUCCUCUGUUAAUGUUAUCUACAUAUUUAUUGGCCAUCCCUGAACUAAGUUGAACUGAGCGUAGGCCAGCUUAUGUUGAAUAUGCAGUUCCAACCUGUGAUUGACCCAUUUUUUUCUGUUCCUUUUUGCCCCCAGUGAUGUGACUACUUAAAACUUUUAAGUGUGAUAUUGUAAUUUUACACUUGUAUAAUCCUACUGUCAACUGUUGGAUAUUUUUUAAGAUGUCCUUGAUGAAUCUGGACAUGUAUUUUCGCGUG